CAGAAAUUUACCUGAUGAUAUUCGAAAGCGCUAAAUCGGUAUGACAAGGCCGAAUUCGAUAGGGAUUGCCGCCGCGGUUUUCCUCCUGACGGCUGAUUAUGUCAACCUAGUUACUUCUGCGGUUUGUACAGAUGAUUGCACCCCAUUCACCCCCGGCGCAGUAGCAUACUGGCCGUUCAACGCGGAGACGAAGGGCGCAGACCUGUCAGGAAAUGGGAACCACGUCACGUUGGUAGGUUUGACCUACACCGAAGGUCCGAGUGGCGUCGCCAGAGGCGCGGUACACUUUGAAGGCAAUAAUAGUUCAUACGCUUGGGUCAGCAUGUCUCCAAGUUUGGAGGUUGGAAAACAUUCCGGAUUUUCCGUCUGUGGAUUUGUCAGAUUCCGUACUGAUAUGCCACUUUCCCCGCUCAUCGACUCACGGAACGUCAUUGAUAAAGGUUGGGGUGUCUAUGCAUUUCCUAAACAAAGUCUUUUCCUUGGGCUGGAUCUAAAUAAUCGCAGUCUGCGCGCUCCAUUUACAAAUAUGACAUUUCCCACGGGCUCAUGGCGAUUCUUUGGAUUAUCUUACGAUAAAGCAACGGGAAGAGUUAUUGGUUUCAUGGACGGAAAGCAAGAGGAGAUAUAUAUUGUCAAAAACGUCGCCGCAGAAACAACUAAGACAAAGAAAGUUGCAUUCGGAAGGUCAUUUUUGCCGAAUAGGGAUUUUUACAAUGGCGACCUGAGUUGCAUGAUGUUAUUUGAAGUCGCCCUAAAAGCAGAUGAUUUCGAAAGGAUCUGGAAGUUUUGCAGCACAAUGAACUCCACACAAAUACAGAUACCAAACAUCGCCAUGACAGACAUCACACCGACAUCAGCAAGGGCAUCUUGGACCAAAUCACCAGGCACGUUCGCUCGCUACCAUGUUACCAUUGAGCGAAAACAGAGUGAAUCUGGUCGCGAAUCCGCCUACCCCAACUUUCUCUGGUCAUCCGUCGCAUUUCCUAAAGUGUAUCUGGCUAACUUAGUACCCGGCGACACAUAUCGGGUUCGUGUUUGGCACAUGCAGGGCUCAGUAAUAGGACGUGCAAGAUCUUCCCAAUGGUUCGAGACGAUGCUGCUUCCAGUCGUCGAACCCGAAUCAAUCAUCUUCUCUGUGAUCACCUCCACCACGGCAAUUGUCAACUGGAAGGAGGUCAGUGGUAACAUUGAUGGCUACAUUGUGUACCUAUCCCCAACCGCAGGUGGAUCAAAGGCGGACCCCAGCACAGUACCGAGAGGGACCGUCGCAACUUCCCUAAUGAACCUCACACCAGGGAGCUACUACACAAUUACGAUAAGAACGAAGAUUAGCGAAAGUCUCAGCUCGCCCUCGACGACAACAUUUCAGACUAAGGAACUAACUCGCGUUGAAAAGGACUCGAUAACCUUCUCUACGAUCACCACCACGUCAGCAAAGGUCACAUGGAAGGAGGUCAAUGGUGACAUCGAUGGCUACGUUGUGGACCUAUCUCCAACCGCAGGUGGAGCAAAGGCGGUCCCCAGCACAGUACCGACAGGGACCGUCACAACUUUCCUCAUGAACCUCACACCAGGAAGCUACUACACAAUUACAAUAAGAACAAAGAUUGGAACCAGUCUCAGUUCGCCCUCGACGACAACAUUUUCAACUGAAGAUCUACCAAAAAUGGAAUCCCCUAUCGCAGUCGCUGGAUUGGCUGUAGCAGUGAUUGGCCUUUUCCUGAUAGUUGUCUUCAUUUCUGUGAUUUGUAUACUGAUCAGAAAAAUCGGUUCCUCAUCGACUAGCAACGGCGAUGAAAGGCAAAUUCCUAUGAGUAACAUUGGAUUCAAGCCGGACGAGUCAUCUCAGUCAAACACACGAAAUAACGAUGAAAAUGAAAACCCGUAUGAGAUCCCUGACCGACUUAAUACUGAAGAAAAUAUACCAGGCCCUCUUUACGAAAACGUAACUGUGAAAGAAGAGAGCAACUAUGCACAACUGAACGUCGCCUGCACGUAGUUCACCAUUCUAGAAUGAGGUUGGAUUAGAGCCUACAGAAUAAUGAUAUCGAAACUAAUUGAAGUUUCACAGAAAGUGGACGCAUUCACAGUCCGCCACUUUAGUUCGAAACCGGUGUAAGUGGGUAAGAGAUCUUGUGCAGAAGAAAAAACGUUGUAAAAUUUCCUAAAACGUCAGAAUUUCAUCAAACCAUCUGUUACCCCCUUCCUCCUACAAGGGUUGGUAACACGACAAUGAUCUAAACGAAGCAGCUGAGAGUGAUUCACAAGAUGAAAUUAAAAAGCUUACAACGUUUAUAAGAAGGAUUGGGAAGUUUUUUAAGUUUGAAAAACAAGUUCACCCUCUCCUCCUGCUCCUCCCCCUACUUUACAGACGUCUAAUUACUCUGCAUUUCUCUGUUUGUAUACAAUAUACAAUACUUUUUAACCCGCGUAUUGUCCUAAACUUUAAGGGUUAAUAACUUCAUUAACAGUGAUCUUAUGCACAGAUAAGAAUUGAUAAUUUGUGUUGCUCAUUAAAUUCUAUCCAUCUAGCUUUUAUAUUUCUUGUUAUCAGUAGAUUAAGGUUUCUGGACAUUUCACCACGAUGCAGUAGCAGGCCAACUUUCAUGAUAACGGCAUGGAUACUGCGCUUGCGAUGUUAAUGUGUACAUGUAGUUUUAUUUUUGAUAUAAACAGAAGAAGUGCAAGUUAAAGCGAGGUGUAUAAUAGAAUUUGUUGGUGAACGCAUCUUAUCUAUAUCAUAGUGUGUACAAAUAUUUUGCGAUCAAUCAACAGUAUGGAACAGUAUUUAGGCUAAAAGCGUACGUACCCGGUCGUUUUUAUGAAUACCCCGUAUAACCCGAUAGAUGACAAUAUCCUAGCUGUUUCUCUGAAGAGCUGGCAACAGACUUUAGCUUUAAAGUUGUGGAGUAAAGGUGGGCGCGGUAAUGUUUCAUCAAACUUCUCUUUAGAGGUCCGGCCCAACGAUUAUGAAGCAGCAAGUUAGAUAAUUUAUUCCAGAUAUUUCAGAACCCAUUGUGAUAUCAAUGCAAAUCUUAUGUAAAUACAUGGCAUGUAAUUAUGGUAAACGAGAGUAAUAAACAAUGUUUUUAUAUGUUAUGA